UGAUGCCGAUGAUUCGCCUAAAACAAGGCGGGCGUAUUGUCACGCUUUCUUCUGUUUCUGGCAUUAUGGGUAAUCGUGGUCAAGUCAAUUAUAGUGCGGCAAAAGCGGGAUUGAUUGGUGCGACCAAAGCUUUGGCUUUAGAACUGGCAAAAAGAAAAAUUACGGUGAAUUGCGUUGCACCGGGGCUGAUUGAAACGGAAAUGGUCACAGAAGAAGUAAAAGAACAUGCUUUAAAAAUGAUUCCCUUACAACGUAUGGGACAGGUCGAUGAAGUGGCGCAUACGGUGAACUUUCUCUGCUCUGAUCACGCAAGCUAUAUUACUCGGCAAGUGAUUUCGGUGAAUGGGGGGCUGAUU